GGGUGCCCGCGCGCUGCAUAUAGCGAGACUAUCCUGUUUGAAGAUUAUGCUGCAGCUCCUGGCCAUCUUGUAUCAGACAGGAUGAGACGUUGAAAAAAAAAAACCCCCACGAGUGAUAGGAGUCCACUCAUUCCUUCAGCAUACGGUCGUUGACGGGCGACUACUACAAAGGCUUUAAAAAAAAAAAAUUUAAAAAUAUCACAUCUGCUGCUGAAAACACCUCAUACGAGUUGUGGAUUAUUCCGAGGACAUCGUACUGAAACCAUGAGCUGGGGGUCAGAGCUAUGGGAUCAGUUUGACAACUUGGAGAAGCAUACACAGUGGGGGAUCGAAUAUGUGGAGAAGUACACCAAAUUUGUCAAGGAGAGGUCAGAGAUUGAAAUCAGCUAUGCAAAACAAAUUAGGAAUUUAUCAAAGAAGUAUCAACCCAAGAAGAACUCACGGGAAGAGGAAGAGAGCAAGUAUAGCUUCUGUCGAGCCUUCCUGACGACACUUAACGAGUUAAAUGACUACGCGGGACAACACGAGGUCAUAGCGGAGAACCUGACGUCUCAAAUCAUCACUGAGCUUUCGCGCUACCUGCAGGAGAUCAAGGCGGAGAGAAAAUCGCACUUCCACGAUGGGCGUAAGGCACAGCAGCACAUUGAGAGCUCGUGGAAACAGCUGGAAUCGUGUAAAAGAAGGUUUGAGAGGGACUGUAAAGAGGCAGACAGAGCCCAGCAGUACUUUGAGAAGAUGGAUGCUGACAUUAACGUGACUAAGGCUGACGUGGAAAAGGCACGACAGCAAGCUCAGAUGAGGCACCAGAUGGCUGCUGACAGUAAGGGUGAUUACUCUUCCUACCUGCAAAAGUUCAACCAGGAGCAGAAUGAACAUUACUUUACAAUUAUCCCCAACAUAUUCCAGAAACUUCAAGACAUGGAGGAGAAAAGAAUUGAGAGGCUAGGAGUGUGCAUGAAGACAUUUGCAGAGGUGGACCGCCAAGUGCUGCCCAUCGUGGGGAAAUGUUUAGAUGGCAUGACGAAAGCCGCCGAGUCCAUCGAGCCCAAGACUGACUCCAAACAGGUGGUGGAGUCCUAUAAGUCCGGCUUCGAGCCCCCGGGAGAUGUGGAGUUCGAGGACUACGGCCAGGCCAUGAAGAGGACGGCGUCUGAAACCAGCCUGUCCAACUCCAGAGAGGCCAAGGAGAAGCCUGCUGGCAAGAGCAAAGGCAAACUGUGGCCUUUCAUUAAGAACAAGAACAAGCCACCUGCCCCCCCAGCCUCAUCCCCGCCCUCACCCUCUGCUGUUCCCAACGACCCCCAGUCUCCCAAGCAGCACAAGGAGCCCCUCUCCCACCGCCUCAACGACUUCAUGGCCUCCAAACCCAAAAUGCACUGCCUCCGGAGCCUGAGGCGAGGGCUUUCUCUCAAGCUGAUCACACUCAAUUCCCACGUCCGGAAUCUCAUUGAGGGCUCUGGACCAGAGGACUUCAGCCACCUGCCACCAGAACAGAGGAGGAAGAAGCUGCAGGGCAAGAAAGAUGAACUGAAUAAGGACAUUCAAAAAGAAAUGGACCAGAGGGAUGCUCUAACUAAGAUGAAAGACGUGUAUGUGAAGAACCCUCAGAUGGGAGACCCGGCCAGCGUAGACCCACGGCUAUUAGAAAUAGGCCAGAACAUCGAAAAGCUCCAGUCUGAAGUUCAGAAAUUCGAGGGCUGGUUAACAGAGGUGGAGGAGAGGAUGCCAUCCAAGAGUGAUACACACCGGAGAAGUGGACUCUAUGAGACCCAGAACAACACAACAGUGGGCAACAACUGUGCGCAGGACAGAGAGAGGCCCUUGAGCAGCCCGGAUGGCAGCUACACGGAGGAACAGAAUUCAGAGACUCAGGUCAAAGCCAACAUCAACCCCAUCCCCACCUCCAACCCAACCUCCACCACGCCAGAGUUUGACGAUGAGUUUGAUGAUGAGGAGACCCUACCCACCAUCGGCACCUGCAAAGCCUUGUACCCAUUUGAAGGUCACAACGAGGGCACAAUCGCCGUGGCAGAGGGCGAGCUGUUGUACGUCAUAGAAGAAGACAAAGGAGACGGCUGGACACGAGUGCGCAGGAACGAGGACGAGGAGGGAUACGUCCCCACGUCCUACGUUGAGGUCUUUUUGGAAACAAAUGCCAAAGGCCAGUGGUAAAGGAAUAAAGGACUGAGAAUUAGCUGUACUAAGCUAUAUGAUUCCUAAAAGUGCGAGGCUGGCUGAGGAAUGGCAGGGCAAGCAGCCUCGGAGAAAACCACCACGUUCCUCACACGCUCACAGAGUCAGAGAGAGAAAGUGAAAGACGACCUGAAUCUAAAAGAGAGAGACGGCCGAUUAGAACGCAUCUCAAUUUUCCAAACCAUUAUUAAAAAUAUAAAAAACUUAUCGGCAGUGUUGCGCUUCCUCUGCAGAGCUCUGCGAUGUGAAGCGACGAUAAGAGAAAUCCAUCUAAAUUUUAGCGCUCAUAACCUUUUUCCAUUCUUAACACCCAUACAGCAAUCACAACCACAGUAUACAAUUUGCUUUUUGUUGUUUUUAGCUUUGCUUCUUAAUGUAACUAACUCCGCUUGCAACGCGCGCGGUCAUGAACGGCUGUUGGCUUCCUCGCUCUGAACGCCACCCCCCCCACCCCCUUCUCUUUUUCCUUACCUUUGACCCCAUUGCACACACACGCACACACGUGGCAGAGGGUGUGGUCAGAGACAGGACGGAGAACCGCAGGAGCCUACGAACUAAAGGCCAGCUGUCAAACACCUUCAUACGGGCAGUGUGUAUGUGUUGUGAGUCAUGAACUCCUCAGUCACCGUGGCUAAAAAGAGACUCAUCCUCAGCUCAUCCGCCUACAUCUGGGGCUUUAAAAACCUCAUGUUCACCCCUCCCACUAAAAUCAGCUCCAUAUCUGCAGGUUUCCACCCACCUGACAAAGGAAGAAGCGAAGGUGCUAAACAUCUAUCUGUAUGUCAUGUGCUUCUGGUUCGUGUUUGUUUGUCUUAUUUUAAAAGGUCUUGUGUGUUGUAAUGACCCAUUUUCUCCACAUCCACUACCCCCCCUCCCCUCCCCUCCCCACAACCCCACAUAUCCAGGACCAACUGGAGGGAAAAGAGAUGGAUGGUGGGUCAUUUGUCAUCACUGAUCCUACAAAUUCUUGUGUUGUCACUGGUGUCUGUUCCUCUCUCUGACCACACACCCCCUCCUUCACCUCCACGGCCCCUUCCCUCCUCAGGCAGCUCAAGCUCUCCCUCGGCUGCUUUGAGCGCCCCCCCCUUUUUCUUUUUGCAACAGCUCGAGGUUGGGGGCCUCUCAGAGUUGCGGUGUGCUGCAUGCUUGCCCUGUCUUCCUCCUCGCCCCCCUCUGCUGGCAACCCGGAGGAUGUGGUGGGGGAGUUUGGUCAGCUUACGCCCCCCCCCCCCCCUCGCC